AAUAUACUGUAUAAACAUCUAAAACAUUUUUAUUCAUUAAAUAAAAUUAACUGUUAUAUUUUAUAAAUUAAAAAUGUUGUGCAUGUACGUUAUUUUAUCAGUUACAUUUUAUACCUACACUUUGGCACAGACUACCGGGUCCACCGCAAAUGGCACGUUACCCCAAUGCCCGAAUGUAACUGGAAUGCCCUCUGCAAAUUUUACCUCGGGCAAUGGUACGAAUUGGCAAUCGCCCCUAAUAAUACAAACACCGCAGUCAAAUGUCCGUAUAUGACCCUGACAUCAUCGGGAUAUAACAAUACAAUUAAUGUCCAGUUCAGAUCCGUGACUUUAGGCACCAAUAUUAACUUGGGAAUAAAUGCCGGCAACAUCACCUAUACCCAGUCACCGGCGAAGUUUAACUUGGUAUAUUUUGUGCCUGGUAAUAAUGUU